AGUUGCAUCAGACCAGUGGAUCAAGAGGUAGAGGAUCUCUCAUCACCCUACUCUCCAAAACAACUGUCAACUCAGUGAUUGAUGCACUUGGCCAUCUCCUUCAAGAGAGCAUUGCCAGUGAUGUCCAGAAAGCUGGGAUGUUUUCUGUUCAGCUAGACACAACCCAAGACAUCACAUGUUAUGAUUAGUGUUCAGUGAUCAUCAGGUAUGUUACUGAGGCUGUGCAGGAGAGGCUUGUCUCCAUAGUGAGGUGCGAAGCAUCCACGGGGCAGUACUUUGUAAACUUGCUUUCCGGAGUUUUAGAGUAUCUGAAUCUAGACAAGGCCAUGUGCAUUGGGAAUGCAACAGAUGGUGUUUCAAAUAUGCAGGGCCAGUACAAAGGCUUUUCACCACUUAUGACUGCCCAGUCUCCAACUCAUGUGCAUGUGUGGUGCUAUGCACACAUACUUAAUCUUGUGAUUGCUGACACAACACAAAGUGUCAUUGAAAGUGGAUCACUCUUUAAUUUACUUAAUGACAUAGCUGUGUUCAUCAAGGAGUCCUAUCACAGGGUUAAUCUGUGGGAGAAACAAACCCAAGAGACAAGACACAGACGCCUCAGUCCAAUAGGUGAGACACGGUGGUGGGCCAAGCAUGAUGCCCUCCAAAAAAUCUGGACAUUUUGGAAAACCAGAUGAUGGCCUCUUGGUUGAUGUAGUGCUGACGCUGGAAGCCAUUGGAAAGAAGGAAAAAGAAAAGCCAGCUGUUCGUGCCAAACCACGAGGCUUUAAAGAGUGUCUCUUGAAGCAUGAAACUGUGUUAACAGCACAGAUAUUUCUUAGAGUGUUUGAGCAAACAACUCCUCUGUCGAAGUACCUCCAGUCAAAGGGGAUGGACAUUCUCUCUGCACAUCAUAUGGUGACUGCCACACAAGAUGGCCUCAAAAGUAUCGCCAGGGACUUUCCAACUGUGAAGACAGCUGCAGACACAUUUGUGAAACAGACAAAUCAAAAACUAGAGGAGAGGGAGAACAACACAGACAUGGAAGUGGAGGCUGAACUACCUGAAAAGAGAGCCAAAAAGAGAAAAGGCAUGGCCGGAGAGAUACCUGAAGAUGAGUUGCAAAUCAAUGCUGAGAAAUCAUAUGAGGUAAAAGUGCACAACAUCAUCCUGGACACAGUUAUUGAAGCAAUCUACAGACGAUUUGUCAUACAUGGCCCUCUUCUUGCCGAUUUGGCAUGGUUGGACCCCAGGAAGUUUAGCCAGGUCAGAACAGUUUCUCUUCCAAGUAAUGCAUUUCAAAACCUCAGCACCCGUCUACUUAAAUUUGACAGCAGGGCUACAGUUAAUAACCUUCAGUCAGAACUGAAACAUUUUGCUGAACAGUGGGAAAGGCUUAGGACAUCACAUGUAGAUGACUACAGGACCAGAACAGCAAAGGACAGAUCUGAAGAAUGGGACAAAGAAAGUGAAAUUGUGACCAAAAGCUGUGGUUCUUGCAAAAAUUGCCCACUGUGCUGCUAUCAAAUACUCAGGCGGUUCAACAUGCUGUCUGAUGCCUAUCGUCUCCUUGGGCUGGCAUACAAGUACCUGCUGACCCUCUCCCUCACUCAGGUUGCCUGUGAAAGAACAUUCUCUACACUCAAGUUCAUUAAAAGCAGACUUCGAAGCAGCCUGUCUGCAAACAAGCUGGAGAUGUUUAUGCUGAUGGCCACUGAAAAGGACAUUCUCAUGUCAUUGGACUCUGACAUGGUCAUUGAGAGGGGUAGCUGAGAAGAGUGACCUGCUGAGAAAGCUCCUUUUGUAACCUGAUGCUGUCAGUCAUUUAAGGAGGACUGAAGUGUGUUCAUUUUAAGUUUCCAGGUCUUAAGAUAUGUUCAGUGUUGCUGCUGUGGAAGUGUUGGUCUAAUCAUACAUUGUUUUUUUAAGAGGUUCUCGAGACCAUUCAACUUUUUAAGUUCAUCAAUGGUCCCAUAUAAUUUCUUCAGAAGUAAGUACUGUAUAUGAUGCCAGUAUUUUGCCAUAUUUUCUAGAUACUGUAUUAGUACUAUGUGUAAAAUGCCAUCAAAAACUCAAUUAAGUGUUUUUCUUAUUCUUCUUUCUCACCUUUCUUUCUCUGUCUCCUUUCAUAUUUAAAGGUUGCUGUGUUAA